UACAUUUCAAAAACCACUAUGGAAGACCUCAAACAACCAUCAAAUGGAGAAGGCAGCAGGAACCCUAAUAAUCAGCCAAUUCCAUUAUCAUUACUUGGCCGAGAAACUUCAACAAAUGUUGCUGAAUCCACACCAUCGCCUCCGGUGGCCCACCAUCGUCGUGCCCAAGUAGUUGCUUGUGGCGGGAGGGAAGAAUUGUACUAUGAUUUUUUUGAAAAGUUGAGAAAUGUUGAACCUUUUUCCAAUUUGCCGGCAGAUCAAGCACGCGAGAGUGAGACCAAAACACCACAGCAAGUUUUGGAGAAGGCUCAAUCCAGCAAGCAUAAGCCCAAGUCCAACUUCCCAAGUCAUGAUGACGGGAAUGCAGGAAGGAGGCAUUCCAAUAGACACAAGGAUGGAGACAACAUUUCGUCCAGUAGUUCAUCUUAUUCCUCAGCAUCGAAUGAUACAGUGGAGAAGGCAACUAGAGCACGAAUCAGGAGAAAGAUAAAAGCUCUUCAAGAAUUAGUUCCCAACUCGAACACGAGGGACGAGGCCUCCAUUCUUAGUGAUGCAAUAAACCACAUAAUAAGCUUGCAAAACCAACUUAAGAUGCUAUGUAACGGAGCAGGACCUUACAUCCAACCAUCAAAUAUGAUACCAUCAGCUGGCUACCAAAUGAUGCCGAUUCCGGGAAUGAAUCCUCAAUUUAUGUCAAUGAAUCCAAUGGGAUUCGGAUUGGGAAUAGAUAUGGGUAUGGGAUUGUUUAAUUUUAAUUACACACCUCCUUUCGCCAUGCCAUUUCCUUAUCCCCAACCACAAGCAAAUCUACCUGAUGAAUCGCCGGCGGCCUUAGAAAUGAAUGUGGCCGUAAUGGCUCCGUUCAAUAAUGUCCGAUCACGGGCGCCUUUGCCGGCUUCCGAUUUCAUGGUGGUACCUGGGGAUCAUUGCAGGAAGUGUUGCCCCAAGUAGAAAUGCUUGGUGAAAUAAGGCUAUAAACUUGGUGUGUGACUGUGUUGUGUUUGUUGUCUGUUGUUUUCCAUUUUUUGUUUUGGU